UCUCUGUAAUUCUAACACACAUCACACAGUUUUAUAUGACACCGUUACUUUCAACAAAAAUGGAGAAGUUAACUAGUGAUGGAACAAAUUUCAGUACAAUCAACAGCUCGGUUGAUCAGCAACACUAUUUUGCAGGGGGUUACCAGCCGAUUAAAUCCACGGAAUUAAAGUUUUUGGUACAGACAAUUUUAGUACUUAUUUGCGUAACAGGCUUUGCUGGGAAUGUUUUUGCGGCUGGAGUCUUAAUUCACAUCAUUAGGAAAGGGAAGCCAUCUCUGAUCAAUUCUUUAAUUCUAAAUCUGAGCACUGCUGAUCUUUUCAUCUUGUCAUUUGUUGUACCAUUCAGAGCAGCCAUUUACUCUAAGCCGACGUGGAAUGCAGGAUGGUUCAUUUGCAAAACCUCAGACUGGUUUCUUCAUUCCUGUAUGGUAGCAAAGAGUCUUACUACUGCAGUAGUUGCUAAAGCUUGUUUUAUGUAUGCUAGUAAUCCAUCCAAACAGGUGAAUAUUAAGUACCAAACAAUCUUCACCAUUAUUUUGCCUAUCUGGAUACUAGCAUUUGUAUUCCCUAUUCCUCACUGGCUCUUCACAACACUGAAGUACAAAACAGACAUGGUUAUGUGCAUUUUGAAUAUUCCAGAGACUGGCAGCCUUUUUCUCUCAGUCUUUGUAAAACUGUACCCCAUUUUUGUUUUCUGUAUCCCUCUGUUCUUUGCAUUCUUUUAUUUUUGGAGAGCAUAUGGCAGGUGUCAGAGAAGAGGAACUAAAACCCAAAAUCUAAGAAACCAGAUUCGAUCCAGAAGACUUACUUUGAUGCUGUUGUACAUUACUAUGGCUUUUACCAUUAUGUGGCUACCAGAAUGGAUAUCCUGGUUGUGGAUGUGGCAUGUACAUUGGACUCGCUAUUCUCUGCCAGCAGCAUUCACUGCAUUUUCCCAUAUUAUUAUGUUCUGCAUUUCAUUAGUAGAUCCUAUAAUCUUUCUGGUAAUGAAUGAAGAAUUCAGAGAGAGCUGCAAAGGUCUUUGUAAAAGAAUAACUUGGAAAAAAACCCACAUUUCAACUGAAUCUCGAGGUACGCAGGUCAAUAUGAGUCUUGAAGGACCUCCUCCAGAAUCUGUCCAAGCUGAACAGCAGCAGGCAAAUCAAGAGAAAGAACUUUCUACUACUCAUGAAAAUUCAGAAUCACCAAAAAGCAAAAAGGAAAAUCCAACAUUUCCUGAUGUAGAACAGUUCUGGCAUGACAGGGAAAUCAGUUCCCCAUCUCAAGAUAAUGAUCCUACCCCUUGGGAGCACGAAGGGGAAGAAAAGCAAGCUAGUCAGAUAAACGUGAAACUGUGAAAUGGACUAAGUGAGACCAAAUGUUCCUGUUUGUUGUUGUGCAUUCACCUUACAAUGGUCUUUUGUCUGUCAGAUGUAUAGUCAGUAAUGUACAAAUUACCCCAUGCUUAUGACUGCUGGGUGGUUAUUUUCCAUCAAUUCCUUAAAUACAAUGGUUUGUAUGUUUUAGAUGUUGACCAAUAUACUGGUGUAAAAAUAGCAAUAUAGAAUGAUAGUGUAGUAUUGCCAGGUAUACUGAGGGAAUGUUAGGUAAUAGCAUUAGAACAUGCUCCAAAACUGCUGUAAAUGUUCAGUUCUAGCUUUCUGAUAUUGUGACUAUUGUACUUUUCCAUAUGAAGUCAGAAAAUAUUCUUAUAUCCCACCAAGGCAAGAUCUUCCAUAUUUGUUCAUUAGAUGUGCAUAGGGUUGAGACCCAGUUAAAUGGGGAGAAAAGUCUUGAAAUUUAUGCAACUGCUUCUAGUAAUGCAAACAAGUGAAAGCUGUUAAAAUCAUAAAUAUUUGAUAGCACACGUUUUUAGCUACACAGAUCAAACAAAAUGCAGUCCAGUCACCAUUAAUUACUGUAGUUUCUUAGAUCAGGCUCAGGAUGUUUGUUUUUUAACAACAGCACUUCAAGUUUCAAUAUAUCGCUCACAUUAAAUUACAACUAGCCAGUAGAUUGUAUAAUAUAGUGCUACAUGCCUGAAUAUCAAAUGGGGCAGUCAAUGUAAGUAAAAUGAGAUCAGGAAACACUUUGCAGGAAUGCAGCUGCUGUCCUUUGUUUUGUAAUGGGCGAGGGCAGAGUUUUUAGUACAUUUGUCCUGCAGUGAAAAUGAAUAUAUUCAACAUUUAUAAACAUCUGAAUCUACCUUUAAAAUAUUCCAGAAGUGCAUUUUUCCUACUAGAUUCAUGCUUUACUGCAAAAAAUCAAUUCACCUAUGCAUUUGUUCCCAAAUAUAUAUUUCCAAUAAGUAAAAUGUGAGUAGCCUCACUAUUAACAUGGCAAAACUAAACUUCUAAUAAUGUAAAUUUCUGCUAAGAAUAAGAAAUAAAGUUUCAAUAGUUUCAGACAUAAUAUUUCAGUGUCAAAAAACAUAAAAGCUAAUUUAUUAAAUGAUGCAUUCCCUUUAAGCAAAACUUAUAAGCACUUGUAUGCUCACUGUAAUACAUUUUUAAUAUAUUAUUCAAACUUAAAUGCAAUAAUAAUUGCUAUAACUUAGUCUGGCACCAGAGGAGAUUAAGCAUGUGAGCUGCUUACCAAGCUGCUUCCUGUACUCCAGGGUAUAGGGUUUGAUUCCUUCCACUUCCAUUUGCCUGUUAUGUGACACUGAGCCAGUCACUUAAUCAAACAAUACUCUCAGCUCACCCUUGAAAAUGGAUACUUGCAUCUUAAUGGGCUUACCUACCUAACAAAUUAAUUAAAAAAAACACUCCUAUUCUCCUGUUGAGAUGCUUGGCAAAAGUGUUUAAGCAGUAUUCUUCUGUGCUGCUAUAACCUGGAAGGUUGGAAGCACAGUUCCUCAAAAAUCAAUACUGAUGCUUUCAUUGUGACUGUGGAAGAAGAAAUGGUGUGGUAUCUUAACAUGUUAUGUCUGCAAGAUGCUUUAAUUUUUGAAACAGGCAUCAGAAUACUAGCAGGAAAAAUAUACAGUUGCGUGGAGAGGUACAAAAAAGCACUUAAAUAGUAAAACAUGUUAACAUGAUACACAAGAAAGGACCAUGGUGAAUUCACUUAAGUCCAAAGUCUUACAAUAUUACUGAUGUUCAAAUGUGAGUUUACAAAUCUGUUCACCAAAUGCUUUGUUUUUGCCUUGCAAAAGUGUG